AUGAAUGACGAGAUAAGAAACCUUUCGUUGACUACGCAUAAUUAUCGCAGAUCUCGGCUUGCACAAGGGCUGGUCAAAAAUAAAAAAGGAAGGAAUCUGCCGGAAGCAUCCAACAUGCUGCAAAUGGUAUUGACUAUGACUGCAACUUGGAAACUACUGCUAUGGCAUCUGCGAAAACGAUGUUCGGUUAAACAAGACCCAACUCUCUCUUCUGGCGUGCAGGAGAAUCACUAUUUAGUGAGGAAGGACCAAGCCCGUACCAAAGAACAAGCGCUCAUAGCUGGUGUUAAGCAAUGGUGGAGCCAAAUUAGAGUGACUGGAGGUGUUGGACGUGGUGUCACUUUUACAUUGUUCAAUGUGGGGAAACCGACCGAGUGGUUCACCAGGAUGGCUUGGGCGACCACUCAACAUUUGGGUUGUGCCGUUACUUCUUGUGGGAAUAGCCAUUGGUCCGUAGUGUGCCACUACAAGCCU